AUGUCCGCCGCUGCCCGUCGAACCGCUGAUCGCGACAAGCUCAAGCAUGUCGUGACCAUCAUGCUCAACAAUGACGAGACCAACUGGGAAACUCACGAUGUCAUGCUUGCCCUCACUCACUUUGGAGUCGAUACCUUCUCGGACCUCAUGAUGAUGGAACGCAAAGACAUUGAGUCUCUCGUGGUUCCAGUCACUGGAACCGUUGCAGAACACCCUCUUGGAUUCAGUCAACGGCGACAACUCCUUGCUGCGAUUUGCUGCUUUCAUCACAUCUGUCGAGAGCAAGCCAAAUCCAUCGACGUCACGUCAAUCAGUUUCGCUAACUUCCAACGAUUCCGCAUCGGACGAUGGGAUCCAUCAGCGGAAGUGGUCCCGUGGCUCACGACACGAGCUCCUGUAUCCGCCGAAGCAGAGAUUGAACACUGGAACAAGACGGUCAAGAUCUCUCGCAGCGACUACAAGGAGUUCCGUGACGAAGCGUUCUGGCACAAGUGGAGCGAAGAUUUCCUACUCACUGUAAAGUCUCACCGUUUGUCUCAUCUACUCGAAAAAGGAUACGUGGCGGAGAACCCGUCACUCGAUCGCAUCCAACGCGAAUGGAUGUACAAGACACUCUGUGACACAAUCAAGACCACAGCUGGAAAAUUGUUCCUCACUCAACACCUCAAGAACAGUGAAACUCGUCUAUUCUGGGAAAAGAUGUCCAAUCACUACAAGACGUCGAUGACAGCGACCAUUCGUUCCUCCAAGACCUCGACCUGUUUGACCACUGCAAAUUUAUCAGACGGAUCGUGGCGUGGAAUUCAACAGAACUUCAUUCUGAACUUCAAGGAACAAGGUCGAAUCUACAACGACACCUCUGUGCAUGACAAGUACUCCGAUGGACAACUCGUACAGUUCCUUGAGCAAGCUGUCUCUGGCGUGCCCAACCUAUCCGGUGCACGACGCGUGGAUAUGUUUGCGCGUAGCUCAGCCAAGAAUGAGGACACCUACAGCUUUGAAGAUUACACCGCAAGCCUGCUCUCGCUAGCAGCCAUCUACGACGCAGCUCACUCUGGUACAUCACGAUCCAGAGGAAACUCACGAUGA